AUCGUUGCAUGGUGUUUCCGGUGUAACCGGAAGCGCCUCACUUAGGAGCUGAACUUGUCCGUUGCGUCGCUCAUUCACAAAGUUUGUAAAUGUGAGAGCGAUGGCUGGUCCUGAGCUCCUGCUGGACUCCAGCAUUCGGAUGUGGGUAGUCCUGCCCAUCGUCUUCAUCACCUUCUUGGUUGGGGUCAUUCGUCAUUACGUCACCCAGCUGCUCCACAGUGACAAGAAGCUGGACCUGGAGCAGGUCUCUGACAGCCAGGUACUCCUUCGAAGUCGCAUCCUCAGGGAGAACGGGAAGUACAUUCCCCGGCAGUCCUUUGCCAUGAGGAAACAUUACUUCAACAACGCAGAGACCGGAUUCUUCAAGAAGGUCAAGAGGAAGGUCGUCCCCAAGAACCCCAUGACAGACAGCAGCAUGUUGACGGACAUGAUGAAAGGAAACCUGACCAACAUGCUGCCCAUGAUUCUGAUUGGUGGAUGGAUCAACUGGGCUUUCUCUGGAUUUGUCAUAACAAAGGUGCCGUUUCCUCUGACUCUGAGGUUCAAGCCCAUGUUACAGAGAGGAAUAGACCUGCUGUCACUGGAUGCAUCUUGGGUAAGUUCAGCUUCCUGGUACUUCCUGAAUGUGUUUGGACUGAGAAGCAUGUAUAACCUCAUACUGGGUCAGGACAACGCUGCUGACCAGUCACGGCUCAUGCAGGACCAAAUGACUGGUGCUGCCAUGGCGAUGCCCCCUGACCCCAACAAGGCUUUUAAGAGCGAGUGGGAAGCACUGGAGAUCGUGGAACACAAGUGGGCGCUGGAGAACGUGGAGGAGAAGCUGAUGUCCAGAGACCUCGCCUUCGGGGGUCUGUGACAUCACGUUCAGCAUGUUGUAGAGAAACACGUCUGUGGAUGGUUGUGCAGCUCUGCUGUAGCAGAGGAACUGAUUUUCAAGGUGCAAGAGUGAAGAAUGGACACAGACCUUGUCAAGCAUGAACAGCCUCCACCAUGUUUGUUUGUGGCAGCACUCGGGAAUCCAGCUGCAUUUAAACGUGACUGGGUCGCUUCCACGGCGACAUCCUGCAGGACACUUUGCUUGUACGUCCCUGGAGUUGUGCUGACCUUGAAAUAAACACCCCAUCACCACGAACCUCA